AUGGGAGCCUGGUGGUCAUCGGAGUUGCCCGUGACCUGUGAGGAGACUGAGGAUUGGGAUGACUAUGUCUGGAGCACCAGCCACCAGCAGGGAACCAGGGGACGCUGGUGGUCAUCGGGGUUACCUGUGACCUGUGAGGAGACUGAGGAUUGGGAUGACUAUGUCCGGAGGACCCUGCGGCCCCUGAAAGGCUGGCGGGAACCGUUCGCCCAGGCUGUGGACGCCAUCAGUUCCACCCUGCUGUAUUCUGAUGACCACCCUUUGGUAGAGAGAGUGGCCACGGGUGGCUCCUAUGGCCGGGACACGGUCCUCAGAGGCACAUCUGAUGGCAUCCUUGUCAUCUUCCUCUAUAACUCCAAUAUCUUCCUGCAUCAGAGGAGAAACACAGAUGCACAUGAAACUCUCUACCAAAUCUGGAAGCGUCUGGAUGAGGCUAAACCAUUUUUAAGGAGACUGGCAGCCAAACUGGAGAUGGUGUGGGUCGAUGACCAGCUCAUCAUCCUUCUGUCCACAGAAAAGCAAAGCGUCAGCUUUAAAGUGCAGCCCAUCUUCAAUGUCCUGGGCUUUAUUGAGAAGCCCAGCUCCCAGAUCUAUUGAAAAUUCAGGAGCUUUAUGGAUGCAACAGAAGCCUCCCCUGGUGAAUUAUCGGCCAGUUUUGUGAGGCUCCAGAAAGAGUUUUUUGAUAACCGCCCCAGGAAACUAAAGGAUUUGAUCCUCCUGGUAAAGCAGUGGUAUGCACAGGUACAGGAGGUGAAAUAUUGGUUCUCCCAGCUGCCUGUGUACGCGCUGGAGCUGCUGACGGUCUAUGCCUGGGAGCAGGGGUGCGGGCAGGAUGACUUUGACCUAGCCGAAGGCUUCAGGACUGUUCUCGACCUGAUCGGACAGCACGAGCAGCUGUGUGUCUACUGGACCGUCAACUACAACUUUGAGGACGAGACCGUCCGGAACAUGCUGCUGUGCCGGCUGCGGGCACCGCGGCCAGUAAUCUUGGAUCCCACUGACCCGACGUAUGAUGUGACUCAAGAUACAAAGCCCCACUGGCAACGGCUAAACCGAACAGCUCAAAUAUGGCGGAAGAAUUUUCUCUGCCUGGCUGACAAUUCCCCGGGACCAUCUUGGAAUGUUCUGCCGACAUCACUCUACACAACUCCAAGCCAUUGGCUAGACAAGUUCAUCAAGGACUUUCUCCAGCCCAGCGAAGACUUCCUUGCUCAGAUCAGGAGGGCAGUCGACAUUAUCUGCACAUUCCUUAAAGAAAAGUGCUUUCAACACUCAGCCGAUCAGAUCAAGAUUCAGAAGAUCAUCAAGGGGGGAUCAACUGCCAAAGGCACAGCUCUGAAGACCGGUUCUGACGCUGACCUUGUCCUGUUCCCCAACUCGCUGAAAGGCUUUCCCUACCAAAAAUACAGACGACAUGAAAUCAUUGAGGAAAUCCAUAGGCAACUGAAAGCCUGCCAGCAGACGGGGAGCUUUGAAGUGGACGUGGAGAUCUCCAAGUGGAAGGCUCCCAGAGUGUUAAGCUUCUCUCUGAAAUCCAGAGAGCUGAAGGAAAGUGUCGAGUUUGAUGUCCUGCCCGCCUUUAAUGUCCUAGGCCAACGGGUCUCCGGCUCUGCCCCCAGCCCCAGCGUCUAUGCUGAGCUCAUCCGUCAGUUUGAAUCCCCAGAAUACGUAGAGGGAGAAUUUUCCUCCUGCUUCACCGAGCUGCAGCGAGAUUUCAUCGGCUCUCGUCCCACCAAGGUGAAGAGUUUAAUCCGCCUGGUGAAACACUGGUACAAGCAGUGUGAAAGGAAACUGAAGAAGAAGGGGUCUCUGCCCCCAAAGUAUGCCUUGGAGCUGCUAACCGUUUAUGCCUGGGAGCAGGGCAGCGGGGAGACAAAGUUCAGCACCGCCGAAGGGUUCCGGACGGUCCUGGAGCUGGUCAUCAAAUACCAGCAGCUCUGCAUCUUCUGGCUGGUCAACUACGACAUGAAGGACGUGACUGUGAGGAAGUUCCUGCUGGCCCAGAUCCGGAGACCCAGGCCUGUGAUCUUGGACCCCGCUGAUCCUACGGGGGAUGUGGGUGGAGGAACUCGCUGGAGCUGGCAUCUUCUGGCCCAGGAAGCUCGAGUGUGGCUGUCUUCUCUCUGCUUCAUAGAAGGCAAUGGGUCUUCAGUGAAACCGUGGAAUGUUCUGACAGUGCAGACUCCGAGUAGCUGUGGAGCAGGAAUAUAUUCCAUUGUCAACUCUCAUCCAGAGGUCAUAGCAUCCUGGAAUAGCCGGAACUGGAGGUUCUGA